GCGGAAGUGGGCGGUGCUUCGGCUGACUGGGAAAUGUCAGCCGCUUGACUGGACGGGUUUUCGUCUCCUGGGAGCCCGCAGGCCUUCUGGUGACCGCCACCGCUGUCGCCUGCGAGUGUGGGUCCCAGACCUUGGACGGCUGUGGCGGACGCGGAGUUUCCCGGUCCCUUCCAGACGCUGUCUGGCGAGAUCGGACGGUGAGCCUCAGCGGGAGCGCGUGAGGUACUUUGGGUCUGGGGUCCGUGGCUAGGCGCCGGCGUUGAUAGAGGGGACCCGGGAGACCCGAGCGGCCGUCGCCGCCGCGGGGCCCACGUCCCUGGCCGCUGAGUGGAAGCCGUAGGCCGGCCGCCGGCCAGAUAUGAUCCAGAUGUGUACGUGAAUAACUUUGGUUAGUCAGAGUGAACAUUCAAUAAUGAGUGGUGCAGCUUUGGGACUCGAGAUUGUUUUUGUCUUUUUUCUGGCAUUAUUCCUACUUCAUCGAUAUGGAGAUUUUAAGAAACAACAUAGACUUGUAAUUGUUGGGACACUGCUUGCUUGGUAUCUCUGCUUUCUUAUUGUCUUCAUACUGCCUCUGGAUGUUAGUACGACAAUAUACAACAGGUGCAAGAAUGCUGCUGCAAAUUCAAGCCCUCCUGAGAAUAGCAACAUUACAGUAUUGUACGCAACUGCUAACCCAAGCCAACAUCCAUGUUUCAAGCCAUGGAGUUACAUUCCAGAUGGAAUCAUGCCAAUUUUCUGGAGGGUAGUAUAUUGGACAUCACAAUUUUUAACAUGGAUUCUCUUACCUUUUAUGCAAUCAUAUGCAAGAUCAGGAGGUUUUUCCAUCACUGGAAAGAUCAAAACUGCACUGAUUGAGAAUGCAAUCUAUUAUGGCACCUAUCUGUUGAUUUUUGGAGCAUUUUUAAUUUAUGUAGCUGUAAAUCCACAUUUGCAUUUAGAAUGGAACCAGCUUCAGACAAUUGGAAUAGCUGCUGCAAAUACAUGGGGUCUAUUUCUUCUUGUGUUGUUGUUGGGGUAUGGCUUGGUGGAAAUUCCUCGGUCAUACUGGAAUGGAGCAAAAAGGGGUUAUCUACUUAUGAAGACUUAUUUUAAGGCAGCCAAACUGAUGACAGAGAAAGCAGAUGCAGAAGAGAAUUUAGAAGAUGUCAUGGAAGAGGUUCGUAAAGUGAAUGAAAGCAUCAAGUAUAACCACCCGUUGAGAAAGUGUGUUGAUACAAUACUUAAAAAGUGCCCUACAGAGUAUCAAGAAAAAAUGGGUAGGAACAUGGAUGACUAUGAAGAUUUCGACGAAAAACAUAAUAGCUACCCAAGUGAAAAAAGUCUGGUAAAACUGCAUAAACAGGUGAUUUAUUCAGUUCAAAGGCACCGUCGAACUCAAGUACAAUGGCAGAUUCUUUUGGAACAAGCAUUUUAUCUAGAAGAUGUAGCAAAAAAUGAAACUAGUGCUACCCAUCAGUUUGUUCAUACCUUUCAAUCGCCAGAGCCAGAAAAUCGAUUUAUCCAAUAUUUUUAUAAUCCUACAGUUGAAUGGUACUGGGAAUGUCUUUUGCGACCUUGGUUUUACAGGAUACUUGCUGUGGUUCUGUCUAUCUUUUCUGUGAUUGUUGUGUGGUCAGAGUGCACAUUCUUUAGCACUACUCCUGUCUUAUCCCUCUUUGCAGUCUUCAUACAGUUGGCAGAAAAAACAUACAAUUAUAUUUAUAUUGAGAUUGCUUGCUUCCUUUCCAUUUUCUUCCUGAGUAUCUGUGUUUAUUCUACUGUGUUCAGGAUUCGUGUAUUUAACUAUUAUUACUUGGCUUCACAUCACCAGACUGAUGCAUACAGCCUUCUUUUCAGUGGCAUGUUAUUUUGCCGUUUGACCCCUCCUUUAUGUCUUAAUUUCUUGGGUUUGACCCAUAUGGAUUCAUCCAUCUCUCACCAGAAUACUCAGCCAACUGCAUAUACAUCUAUUAUGGGUUCCAUGAAAGUUUUAUCCUUUAUUGCAGAUGGAUUCUAUAUAUAUUACCCUAUGUUGGUGGUAAUUCUCUGCAUUGCUACUUAUUUUAGUUUGGGAACCCGCUGUCUGAAUCUUCUUGGUUUCCAGCAGUUCAUGGGAGAUAAUGAUAUGACAUCAGACUUAGUUGAUGAAGGAAAAGAAUUAGUCAGACGAGAGAAGAGAAAAAGGCAAAGGCAAGAAGAAGGUGAAAAUCGAAGAAGAGAAUGGAAAGAACGGUAUGGACACAAUAGAGAAGAUUCUACUAGGAACAGAAACGUUCAUACUGACCCAAAAGAGUCAAACUUCUCAGAUAUUAAUACCAACCGGUCAGCAACCAAAUAUACCAGAGCUAAUAAUAGGACUGAAAGGGACCGAAUAGAACUUCUCCAAGAUGCAGAACCUUUGGACUUUAAUGCAGAAACGUUCACUGAUGAUCCUCUUGAAUCUGCCUCAGGAAGGUAAGUUCUGGCUG